CGGACAGGAAAACCCAACAGAGUGGAAUGAGUGGACGGCCCUUACUUCCUUAGCUCUGACUUUCAGUUCUCUAGUGUCACCAGGCACGUUGUAUCAUUCUGCCGUACUCCAUCAAAGAACCUAGUCAGAGCUGAAGCAUGAAGUACCUGGUCUUCACGCUCACCCUCGUCUUCUUCGCCGUGGCGGAGGAGACCCUCGACGACAAGGGCUUGGUAAAGGAGCUCCAAACCCUGCAAAAGGCCGUCCCCGGGUUGCCCGGUCUCCCCGAUCUUCUGGCAGGCCUCCCGUCCAUCGAUGAAGGCGAGGAAGCCUUGAAAGAGAAAUGCAUGAAAACCGGAAACAACGAGACUUAUGAAAAAGCCGUGGAAGCGAAUAGUGAAUUUCAGGCUUGUGUUAAAUCUUUGGUCAAUGUUGAGGUGAUGAUGAAAGAAAUAAAGGAAGCGAAACCAACUGGUGAUCUCGAUUCAGUAUUCAGGAAAUAUUGCCAAAAAACACCCACAUUGCGAGAGUGCAUUUCUAAUUUUACGGACGCAAUGGCACCUUGUUUGGACCCGAACGAAAUCGCUGGAAAAAACAUCGCUUUGAACCUGAGUGAUUCUCUGAUGAAAUUCAUCUGCCACAAUGAUGGCGACAGGAUAGCAUUGUUUAUCGCUGAAGGAGGGCAAGAGUGUCUUGAAAGCAAUGUAAAAUACGUUCAAUCUUGUUGGAACGAAUCGUUUGUUGGCACUGACCUUAAUACAACCAACCCAAAUAGUAUCGACCUGCUUUUAGAUGAAGAAAAAUGCAGUAAAAUGAACCAAGUGCAAAACUGUAUUGUGAAACAUUUGGAAAAAUGCAGUGAGCCAACUCCCGCCAAUGUCAUCAAUAGUAUGUUUGAGUUUGUUAAGAAGAAGUCACCUUGCUACCAGUACGACACAGAUAGCUCCUCAUUAGUCACUUCAUCUGUACAUUAUAUUGUUUUCUUUGUGUUUGUAUCUUAUUUGUUUAAUUAAAAUCAAAAUUUGUCAAAUUUUUUGUUGCAAAAUUUAUCCAUUUGAGGAUAAAAAUUGCUAUAAAUUAAUGGUAAAUAUGUC